CGAAAAACGAAACGCGCGACAUCAUGCGCACGACGUCGGUUGUGGAGGAGGCGUUUUUGCACGGCCCGAUCUUCGACGACGAGGCUUUAUUCGAAACGGAUUUGGCCAACGUCGCGCUGCUCGGCGAGAUCGAAACUGGUCUGGAGCAAGUGGAGGUGGACCCACACGACGAAGCAUCUAACAAACAGGAUGCCGGGCCGGGUUCCGUUACUAGCAGGUCAACAUCAUCGUCCACCAAAGAGCCUCUCGUGCACCAGGAGAUACUUAACACAUCGCCGCUCACACCGAUGUCGCAUUGGCGUCAGGUCUUGUUCUUCUUGGACCACGGACCCGCAAGGGCAAGCCUGGCCUUGCCGGAGAAGACCUUGAUCAGGGGAAGUUUUUCUUUGCGGAAAUUUUACGAGAACAACUACCGCGAUCUGGUCAUAGACAUCGAGUAUGAAGUUAGUGGCGUUGAGGUGGAGAAGUUAGAGGAGGAUGUUGUUCGUAAGCGAAGUCAGCAGUUUUUUCUGCGAUAAAAUGUUUUAGCGACUGGCCGUGGUCAAUUCGACUAAGGAUGAUCGAUUAUG